UGUUCGCUCUGGAUCGCCACACAGGACCUGCUGGAGCUGAAGGGGCUUUUUGUUUUGUUCGCCGGACAUGGAUUCAUGUUUAAGACCCCAGAACUGGCUCGGAUAAGGAACAGCACGGAUGAUGCGUUUUGCGCCGCAGCCGUUCAAUGAAAGAAGAGACGCGCAACAGAAGAGAUGGGCACCGCUGCUGGACUUUCACCUACCCGGUCGUGGGGGAAAUGUUGCCAUCGCACCGUGCUGGUUGUACCUGUAGCUUUGGUGGCUUUGAUCCAGCUUUGCGCUUCUUUUAACCUGGACACGGAGAAGCGCGUCGUUUUCACGGGACCGCGGGGGAGUUACUUCGGUUAUUCAGUGGAGUUCUUUGGAAACUCUUCCAGCAUCAGAGUUUUGGUCGGCGCUCCGAAAGCCAACACCAGCCAGCCUGACAUCACAGAAGGAGGAGCAGUGUAUCUGUGUCCCUGGAGCCAGGCUCGCUGCAGCGUUAUCAGCUUCGACCAGCAAGGUGACAGGUACUUCAACAUAAAUGAUGUCAACACUCAGGUUGAGUUCAAGUCCCAUCAGUGGUUUGGAGCUACAGUGCGUUCCCAUGGUAACAGCAUCUUGGCUUGUGCUCCUAGGUACUACUGGAGGACAGAACACGAUACACCCUUUUCCGAUAUUACAGGAACAUGCUACCUCUCUGUAGACAGUCUGAAAACAUUUGUGGAGUACGCCCCCUGCCGGACAGAAAGACAUGGACAUGCUGGACAGGGCUAUUGUCAGGGGGGAUUUAGUGCCGACUUCACCAAGGAUGGGAGGGUCAUGCUUGGAGGACCAGGCAGCUUUUACUGGCAAGGCCAGCUGAUUUCAGCCACCACAGAGGAGAUUGUUAAGGCCUACUAUCCAUCCUACUUCCUGCUAUCGGUCGACAGGCAGAUUCAGACCCAGCAGGUGCAGGGGACCUAUGAUGACAGUUACCUGGGCUACUCUGUGGCUGGUGGCGAGUUCAGUGGGGAUGCUGAGGAAGAUUUCAUCACAGGAGUUCCCAAAGGACUCAUGUUGUAUGGUUUAGUGACUAUAUUAAAUGGGAAAGAUCUGAAGUCUCUGCUGAACCUGACGGGGGAGCAGAUGGGGUCCUACUUUGGCUACACAGUGGCAGUGACCGACAUCAACAACGAUGGUAUGGAUGACCUGCUAGUAGGAGCUCCAAUGUUUAUGCGUAGAGGAUCUGAUGGGCAUUUGGAGGAGCUCGGUAAGGUGUAUGUGUAUCUGCAGAGGGGCCCUCUCCUGCUGGAGCCAAGCCAAUCCCAUCUCCUCGGUCCGCAGGCCUUCAGCCGAUUUGGUUCCUCUCUGGCUCCUCUGGGUGAUCUCAACCAGGAUGGGUUCAAUGACAUGGCUAUCGGCUGUCCCUACGGAGGAGAUGACCAGCAGGGAUUGGUUUUCAUCUAUAACGGUCAUGUUGAAGGACUGAAGAACGUACCUACUCAGACUCUUUCUGGCCAAUGGGCUUCAAGUUCUUUCCCAGCCAGUUUUGGCUUUGCCCUGCGAGGCGACAGAGAUCUCGAUCAGAACGGGUACCCAGAUCUUGUUGUCGGCGCGUUUGGGGUAGAUAAAGCUGUUUUGUACAGAGCUCGGCCAAUAGUGAGUGCCAGUGCAUCUCUAACAGUGCAGCCAACCAUGUUCAACCAGGAGGAGAAGACCUGUAUACUGAAAACAGGGGAUGAAGCCAUCUCUGUGUCUUGUGUCAGCAUGAGUUUCUGCCUGCUGGCUAAUGGGAAGCACCUCCCCUCUCGUCUAGGUUUCGUGGUGGAGGUGCAGUUGGACGGCGUGAAGCAGAACCAGAAGGAGUCGAUCAGGAGGACUUUGUUUCUGGAGAGCCAGCAGCCCAGUCUGCUGACAACCUUUAACCUCACCAACGGGGAAAGCUUGUGCCACGAGAGCAAGAUCUACCUGCGGGCUGAGGAGGAGUUUCGGGAUAAACUCUCUCCCAUUUACAUCAGCCUAAACUUCAGUCUAGCUCCUCAGGCACCACUGGACCAACAUGGCCUCAGUCCAAUUCUGGAUUACCAGACAGAGCAGCUUAUAGAGCAGAAGGCCCAGAUUCAGCUGGACUGCGGAGAAGACAACAUCUGCGUCCCUGACCUCAAGCUGCUUGUAUAUGGGGACAGAUCAGAGGCCUACCUGGGAGAUGAAAACCCCUUGGUCCUGACCUUUAAUGCCAGGAAUGAGGGAGAGGGAGGGGCGUACGAGGCUGAGCUGUAUGUGACGCUGCCCCCGGAGGCCGACUACAGCGGGAUAGCGCGCAACAACGCGGUGAGGCGAACGUUAGACGACAGUUUUCUGUUUGCUGAGAGUUUUACUCAGCUGACGUGCAGCUAUGAGGCAGAAAACCAGACCCGCUAUCUUGUGUGUGAUCUGGGAAACCCCAUGAAGUCUGGUACCAGUUUAUGGGCCGGCCUUCGGUUCACUGUGCCGAGACUGAAGGAUACUCACAAUACUGUCCAGUUUGAGCUCCAAAUACGAAGUAAAAAUGAAAACAACUCAGAGAGUGAAGCGAUGCUGUUUGAGCUGGACGUUGCUGCCAUGGCUGAUGUCAUUCUGCAGGGUGUUUCAAGGCCAGACAAAGUAAUCUUUCCUCCUCCAAACUGGAACGUUGGUCACAGUCUGGUGGAGGAGCAGGAUGUCGGUCCUGUGCUUCAGCAGGUUUAUGAGCUGGUGAAUAAUGGUCCCAGCAUGGUGAGCCACACGACCUUAGAGGUAAAAUGUCCUCUAAGGGCUCCCAGCCGCGAGCUGCUCUACCCUGUAGAGGUGAUCACUGAGGGCCCGCUCAGCUGCUCCUCUAAAACAACCUUCAAUGCACUGAAACUCAAGCUUCAGCCUCCUGCAGCCGAGGGUUCUGCGUCACUGAAGUCCACUAUGGGGCACCGUGUCCAGAAAAGGGAGGUGCACAGAGAGCCUCUAGCUGAACAAGGAAACCUGACGUGUGGGGCAGUAGACUGCUGGGAGCUGAGGUGUAACGUGGGGCUGCUGGAGAGAGGAGACAGCAUCAUCCUGACUGUACGAUCCAGAGUUUGGGCUGAAACCUUCAUUGAGCGCCCGUCCAUGCAGCACAUCCUGGAGUGUUCUGCUCAGUUCCAGGUCAACAGGAUGCCGUAUUCCAUCCCUCCCAGAUUCAAGCCAUCCGGAGACACAAAGGUGGUGGCGGCUGUGAUGUGGAACAAGCCGGACAGCCAGUUCUUGGUUCCAGUGUGGAUCAUCAUCCUGGCUGUUCUAGCUGGACUGCUGCUGCUGGCACUGCUCAUUUAUCUGCUGUACAAGAUGGGCUUCUUUAAAAGGUCAGAUCCAUAUGGAACCACCAUGGAGAAGGCCCAACUCAAACCCCAGGCGUCCUCUGAAGCUUAGAUCCACAAUGAGGGUCUUCCCCUGCAGAACUGGAAGGAUUGCCACAUUCCCAAACAAGUAAUGGAACUUGCCAAGUUAAAAACAAGCUACUUUUGUGCAGGGACAUUUAUGGGUGCUGUAUCACUGGAAUACACUGUAUUGGAUGCUGCACUUAAAUGCCAAAGCAGAGAGGCUGGCAGGAGUCACGCAGUCAGGUAUGCACUGCUGUUUGGUCGAAGCUCCUGUUUGU